GACCUACAUCCCCAGGAAGGAGGUGGCGGUUCUGGAGACCAUCAAGGCCACAGUGAUCCGAGAGAACCAGGCCAUCAGGCUGAGAGCUCGCAAGGAGGGCAAAGACCGAGGAGGAGUCCAGAGGGUCACAGGACCGCCGCAUGGGGGAGGAUUGGCAUCCUCCGUCGCCCCGGAGACCACUGGAUGCUGCGGGGCCCCAUCGAGUACUGCUGCUGCGUUUCUUUGCCAUGAUGUCUAAGAAGGGCGGAAACCGUGGGCCUGAGGUGGAAGCCCUGAUGGAUGCGUCCAUCAUCCGCAUCCCUCCUCAUCACUAUAUCCACGUCCUGGACCAGAACACCAACAUCGCCCGCGUGGAGGUCGGACCACUCACCUACAUCCGCCAGGACAAUGAGAGAGUGCUCUUUUUACCGGUUCGUAUGACGAUGGUUGCACCGCGUCACUACUGCGUUAUCGCCAACCCCGUUGCCCGUGACGACAACGGCCAGGUUUUGUUUGACCAAUCGGGUCAAGCCAAGCUGCGUCACGCCGACCUGGAGAUCCGCCUGACGCAGGACCCGUUCCCUCUGUACCCAGGAGAGGAGAUCCAGAAGGAUCCGACACCUCUGCAGAUCGUGUAUCCGGACACGGCGCUGCGUCUGCAGGCUCUGCUGGACUUUGAGGAGGUGGGAGGGGAGAAGAGAGUGGCCGGAGACGAGUGGCUGUUCGAAGGACCAGGGACCUACAUCCCCAGGAAGGAGGUGGCGGUUCUGGAGACCAUCAAGGCCACAGUGAUCCGAGAGAACCAGGCCAUCAGGCUGAGAGCUCGCAAGGAGGGCAAAGACCGAGGCGGAGUCCAGAGGAUCACAGGCGACGAGUGGCUGGUCUGCAAAGUGGACGUGUACCUUCCAGGUGCUCACGAGGAGGUCAUCGACAUCGUCAACGCCUUCAUCCUCACCGACAAGAAAGCGCUGCACGUCCGCGCCCUGCGGCCCUUCAAAGACGCCGGCGGACAGGACCGCCACGGGGAGGAGUGGCUGGUCACCAUGGCCGACAGGGAGGCCCACAUCCCCUCUGUGGCGGAGGAGGUGGUGGGCGUGGUAAACGUGACCACCCUGAGCAGCAGGCAGUACUGCGUGAUCCUGGACCCGGUCGGGCACGACGGCAAGCCUCAGCUGGGAAAGAAGAAGGUGGUGAAGGGUGAGCGCUCCUUUUUCCUGCAGCCGGGUGAGCAUCUUGAACAGGGCAUCCAGGACGUGUACGUGCUGUCGGAGGAGGAGGGCCUGGUGCUGCGAGCCGUGGAGGCCUUCACCGACACCGAGGAGCACAUGGAGCAGGACUACGAGGAGGAGGAGGAGGAAGAGGAGGGGGCCAUGGAGAGCAGGCCUAAGCGCACCCGGAGGAGCGGCAUCCUCCGUCGCCCCGGAGACCGCUGGAUGCUGCGGGGCCCCAUCGAGUAUGUCCCCCCCGCCACAGUGGAGGUGGUGCUGAGGCAAGAGGCCAUCCCCCUGGACGAGAACGAGGGGAUCUACGUCAGGGACAAUAAGACUGGAAAGGUGCGAGCGGUGAUCGGUCACACCUACAUGCUGACUCAGGAUGAGGAGCUGUGGGAGAAGGAGCUUCCUCCAAAGGUCGAGGCCUUGCUGGCCGCCCGCCUCGACCCGCUGUCCGACCGCUCCGACCGCCAAAAUAUGGGAGAGGACGGGCGGAGGGAGAAGACCAGGGUGGUCUCCUACAGGGUCCCUCACAACGCCGCUGUCCAGGUGUACGACUACAGAGAGAAGAAAGCCAGGGUGAUGUUCGGGCCGGAUUUGGUGAUGCUGGGACCCGAUGAGCAUUUGACCGUGCUGUCGCUGUCCGGGGACAAACCGAAGAGGCCCAACGUCAUCAAGGCCAUCUGCCUCCUGCUGGGGCCAGACUUCUUCACUGACAUCAUCACCAUAGAGACGGCGGACCACGCCCGCCUGCAGCUGCAGCUCUCCUACAACUGGCACUUUGAUAUCAAGCUGCCGGCCGACUCUGCUUCUGCAGCAACUCUGUUCUCAGUUCCUGACUUUGUGGGAGAUGCCUGUAAAGCCAUCGCCUCCAAGAUCAGAGGAGCUGUCGCCUCGGUGCAGUUUGAUGAUUUCCGUAAGAACUCCAACCGGAUCAUCUGUUCCGCUGUGUUCGGCUUCGACGAGAAGAUGGCGAUCCGUCCCAACCUUUGCUUCAAACAGAACAACUUGGUGAUCAGCAGCGUGGACAUCCAGUCCGUGGAGCCCGUCGACCAGAGGACCCGAGACGCCCUGCAGAAGAGCGUCCAGCUGGCCAUCGAGAUCACCACCAACUCCCAGGAGGCGGCCGCACGACACGAGGCGGAGCGUCUGGAGCAGGAGGCUCGGGGGAAGCUGGAGAGGCAGAAGAUCACCGACCAGGCCCAGGCGGAGAAAGCCAGGAAGGAACUGCUGGAGCUGGAGGCGCUCAGCGCUGCGGUGGAGAGCACGGGAGCUGCUAAGGCGGAGGCUCAGUCCCGCGCUGAGGCGGCUCGCAUCCAGGGAGAGGCGGCAGUCAGCGAGGCCAAACUGAAGGCAGAGGCUCAAAGGAUCGAGGCGGAGGCGGAGCUCCAGCGCCUGGCGAAGGCGCGUGAGCAGGAGCUCAACUAUAAGAAGGAGAUGGAUAAUCUGGAGGUGGAGAAGCAGGAGCGUCUGGCUCAAAUCGAAAGUGCCCACUUCAAGAAGCUGGUGGAGAGUCUGGGCAGUGACACGCUGAAGGAGAUCGCCAGAGCCGGACCAGAGCUGCAGGUGAAGAUGCUCCAGGCUCUGGGACUCAAGUCCACCCUCAUCACGGAUGGCUCGUCUCCCAUAAACCUCUUCACUACGGCCAACGGCCUGCUGGGGGCGCUGCCAGGGUUGGGACAGGGUUCGGCACCGUGAGGAAGGGGAGGGGAAAUAUAAAAAUAAAAAAGCUGACCACGCCACAAGUAAUGUUUACUAGAAUUAUGUUCAUGCAAAUGUACAGCGUGAACAAUUAAAAUAAACAAACAAGCUUAAAAGAAAACCCUUUUUUCUAUACUUUCUAUCUUAUGCUUGGAUCAGAAAAAUUAAACAAAGUUUGUCCAGUUUAUAUAACCAGGAAGUUACUGAAUCCUUAGAUUCACUGCUUCUCUACAAUCAAAAUUCUAUGUUCAAAACUCAGCAUGAGAAAUAAAAGGAACUGUUUCAUUGUUCUUACAUAAAAGUGGGUCGUCUAAUAUUAAAACGCAUUUCACUCUCUGCAUAAAAAUGUCAGACCUCUAAAAAUAAAAUUUGCUGUUUGUUUAUUAGAUGACACACUUUCAGACGGAGCAGGGAAGCAGACUCACGUCCUUGGUUUAUUUUCUCCAGGUUGUACAACGUAGACGCGAUGUUCACUGUUACUGAUCAUUACUUUACAGAAGAAAUGAGACUCUGAGUUUUGACAGAGCAGAACUGACAACAUGUGAUGUGUCCGUGAACUGAUGCUGUUAAUGGAAUAAUUGUGCCUAAAAACUUCAUAACUUUUUGUUUACUUUGUUGACACCUAAAAGCCAAAGAUUUCCCUUUCUGCUUUGCACUAUAGCCACAGAAAUUAACAAAUAUAAACGUAUAGUCUGUAUUGAGCAUUUCUACUUCUGUGGUGGAGGUUGUGUAGUUUUUCUCUUUGCCUUAAAAAGUGCUGUUGUUCCUACGUUAAGACCUGUGUGCUGCUGCUGCUGCUGCUGGUAUACUUACCAAUAUUAAAAACGGAUACUUUACUGA